ACAGUUCAUUAAUCACUGUCGUACCUAACUAUUAGAGCAACUUAUUUACGACACCACUAGUGAAAAUCGCGUUUUAUAUAUGCUUAUUACUACAUAUUGAAAUGAAUAAGGAAUUAAUGCGUUUCUCGGAUACGCCCACAUUUUAAUUUUUACUAAUUUAUACUUCAGUUUAAAAGUCUUCUAUAAUCAUCGCAACAAAGGCUAGAAAUCGAAAGUUUUCUUAUUUCGUUACAACGUUAUAUACAUUAGCCUUCCUGGGCUACACAUUUGAUUAUUCAUCUAAAUAAAUUGUCAACAUGAAGAAAAAGGUAUUAUUGAUGGGCAAAAGUGGUUCUGGUAAAACCAGUAUGAGGUCUAUUAUAUUUGCCAACUAUAUAGCAAGAGAUACAAGACGUUUAGGAGCUACAAUUGAUGUGGAACACUCACAUGUAAGGUUUCUGGGAAACCUUGUGCUCAAUCUGUGGGACUGCGGAGGACAAGAAGCAUUUAUGGAGAACUAUUUUGCGUCUCAGAGAGACAAUAUCUUCAGGAAUGUUGAAGUCUUGAUAUAUGUGUUUGAUGUUGAGAGCCGAGAAAUGGAGAAAGACAUGCAUUAUUACCAGUCGUGUUUAGAAGCUAUACUACAGAACUCACCAGAAGCAAGAAUAUUCUGCUUGGUUCAUAAGAUGGAUCUUGUUGCGGAAGAGAGGCGGGAAGAAAUCUUCAAAACCCGAGAAGAAGACUUAAAAAGGCUCUCUAAACCACUUGAGUGCACUUGCUUUAGGACUAGCAUAUGGGAUGAAACACUUUACAAAGCGUGGUCGAGUAUAGUGUACAAAUUAAUACCUAAUGUAAAGGCUCUAGAAUCUUCAUUAAAGCAGUUUGCAGAUAUUGUUGAUGCUGAUGAGGUACUCCUGUUUGAGCGCGCGACGUUCCUCGUAGUGUCCCACUGUCAGCGGCGCCCACACCGCGAUGCCCACCGCUUUGAAAAAGUUUCCAAUAUUGUUAAACAGUUCAAACUCUCUUGCUCCAAACUUGCUGCGCAGUUCCAGAGUAUGGAGGUGAGGAACAGCGUUUUCGCAGCAUUCAUAGAUGGCUUCACGAGCAACACAUACGUAAUGGUCGAAAUGUCAGAUCCCAAGAUACCUUCAGAGGCCACACUCAUCAACAUCCGCAACGCAAGGAAACACUUCGAAAAGUUGGAGAAGGUCUCAUCCAGCGCUCCGAGUCAAUACCAGUGAGAUACGUUGAGAGUCAGUCCGCACCGAAAUAUAACCCGAAAGACGAGGCGCACAGAUACUUGAAGAAGUUGAUAUUUGUUAACCACGUUCUGCAAAGCGACGCCUCGAAGGACCUUGGACUACUCUCCAUUAAACCACAUUGCGUUUUUUUCUACUGAGAAAAACGUUUUUACAACAAUGUUCAAAAACAUGCCCAGUGUCCAACAUUGAAAUCUUUUUCCAUUAAAAACAAGGCCCAUUUUGUAAUAUUGUCUCGCAAACUAUUGUACGUCAUGCCGUGAUAUAUCUUGGUGUGAGCUGAACCUUAGAGGUAGAAAAAUAAUUAUACAUCAGCGAUGAAACAAAAAUUAAAGGAGACUAUCAAUUAUAAUAUUGUUAUCUCAUUCUUAUUAUAAUUAUAGUGUUAAAAGAAUGGGAAAUGUAGAGAAGAGUUUUUAUAUGUAAACUAUUUAUUUAUUGUACAUUGAUAUUUUUGCCUCUCCUUAGAUUAAGUGAGUUGAUGCCUUAAAUGAAUGAGUGUUAUAUGAGCAGUUUUCAUUUGGUCCAAUUAAAUUAUUUGAUGAUAUAAAGCUUUUUAAAAUUGUUCUAUAAUGUCUCAAUAUUUCAGACACUGCAUUCCAUGAUAUAAUUGGAUAGAAGAAGAAUAGUUGAUAAAAUUACAUAUUUGGCAAACAACCCAAAAUUAUAAUACUUAAAGCCACUUGUUGUGUGAACUUUGUUUUUUUUUAUAUUUUUAAUAUCAAAUUAUUUUUAUUCGUCAAU